AUUUGAUAAGGGGAGUAAAGUUGGGUAGAGCAAUCCUUUAAGGAAAUAAUUUGAUUAGUUGAUCAAUUUAUCUUAUGUUUUGAAAUGAAGAGAAUUCUUUCUUACUUUUCACCAGGCCGAGCAGACGUAAGUCCAAAAAAUAUAACCGAUAUCGGGACUGAUGAUGAAGCCAAUGACAUGGAUGUGUUGACAGCUUGUGCUCUGAAGGACAUAGAUCUUGUGAAAUCAUUAAUUAAUCGACGGAAAAAUGUGUCAAGGAAGAACAAGCAGGGCUGGACACCUCUGAUGUACGCCAGCUACUACGGCUCAAUGCAAAUUGCUGAUCAGCUGAUUUCAGCUGGAGCCGACAAAUGCGCUCUCAACAACAAUGGCCACAGCGCAUUCAGCCUUGCUGCUAUGCGCAAUUAUGUCAAAAUAAUGGAAUUGGUGUUUGCGGUACGUUGAAGAACAAUAUUCAUUCUGAUUUUGCAUUCCCAAUCAUUCUAUGAUUACCGUAUGUAUUCCUGGUCAACGAUUGAUUGAAAUGGACUGGAUAACAACAUUCAUUCUAAUAACACAAGGAAUAAAAAAUCAAAUCUAAGGAAUGAGUACCUACUGCUCUUAAG